GGACUCCCAGUCGCCGCUGGGUGGAGCCCUGCUGCAGGUGUCUGUGGGGUUGCUGCUGGGGGGGAGGGAGGCAGCAUGACAGGGAAAGAACCGCUGCUGGGGACCCUGAAAGCGUGCAUCCUCGGCAUCAAGGAGGGGAGCGGCCCAUGCACUGACGCUUUCCCACACCUAGCCCCCUUCUGCGAGAUCCUGGAAACGAUCCUUCGAAAAGGAAUUCAACAACCAGUGUUGGGCUUCAAAAGACGAGAUUAUUGGCACUGGAUAGAGCAACUGCCUCAGCAGGAUACUUGUGGCUUGGUAACCCCCUUGUCAAUCAUGAUAGAGAAAGCCAGUUCUUGUGAGAAGGUACUGACAGCACAGGGACGAGGGCGGUACUUCCUGCGCCUAGCUUUAAAUCAGAAGUUACUUGCUACUGCCAUUCAACAGCUGGUUCGGUCUCCAAAGCUGCUGGAGUGUUACGAUCCUCUCAUCUCAGUGCUGGGAAAUGAAGAUUUCAUGGAGCCAUUCCUCUCACUGAUGCUGGUGGUGUCAGAGAUGAAUUUCUCCCUGGAUCUGCAGAAUUCCAGUUUCUUGGAUGAAAGUUGGCUGCUGCCGGUGUGCGUGACCUAUGAGACUGUACCCUGCAGAGAACUGGGGAUGGUGCUCAGAUACUUGGACGGCCGGAUCUUCGUCAUCGAGGUGCUUCCUGAGAGCCAGGCUGAGGUAGACGAGGUGGUGCUGGCUGGAGACGUCAUCGAUGAGAUCAGUGGCUUUUCCCUGAGAAAUGCACGCAAUGGACAGGCAGGGACUGUGCUGCAGAAGCUGAAGGGCAAGCCACUGAGCUUCUGCUUGAUCCGGUGGAAGUGGCAUGAUGGAGGAAUGUACAAGCCACUGCUGCCCUACCUGAAAGUGCUGCGGGAGAAGGUCCCCAGCUUCCAGCUCCAACAUGAGCACAGACGCAAAGAGGAGAAGGCGGAGCGGUGUCUGCAGGGGGGCAGACUACUUUACAACCUGCGGUACUUGGGCCAGGCCAACGUAGGACAGUACGGUGGCAAAGAGGUGUUGGAUCAAGGCAUACCCAUGGUGUUAGAGCAGCACCUGUGCCCACAGGAAGUUUUAUUUGAUGUGAAAGAAACUGAAGUCCUCAUACAAGAGAGAAUCUCUUCCAAGGUUCUGAUGCAAUACCCCUAUCCAGAGGUCUCCUGUGUGGGUCGCCGUCUGGACAGCAACAAUCUUUUUGCCUUCUGUGUUGCGGUUUCACCGGGGACCCCAGAACACAGUACCUUUGACUGUCUGGUGUUUGAAUCAAAUUCUGAGACAGAAUGUGAAGAAAUUAUCAAGAGAAUUGCUGCUGGAUUUAAACACACUGAAUGGUUUGUCUGAUGAGAAGGGGGAUUUGAUGGCUCUAGCGCUCUGAGCAUCCUCCAGGCACUCCAGUGACCCACAUUUGGAGCCCUGGUGACACUUUUCAGCUGUUGAGACCUUGACAACGGAUUAAGAGGCUGUCCACCUGUAAUAUGAACUGAAUUUUAGGAUUUGAUUUUUGAACUAUUAAACUCUACAAGGAAGUAUUUCAAAUACAUCCAGUUCUAAACAAUUUAGUCUGAAAACCACUGCUUACUUUACUGCCCCGUCUCUCCAAACUUUUUUCUAAAAGAAGUUUCCCAUGGAGAGUUUCACUAAGAGAGCUUUCAAAUUUGUGGAAUAAAACAAGAUGGGAAUAAUUUAGCUGUUCCCAGUGUAAAUUUUUCCAUACCUGAGUAGUAGUAGUAUUGAUGCAAACACCUAACAGAUUAACAAAAAGCCCUCCCUCCCUAACAGCUCAGAAAGGACAAAGUAAUCCAUCACUAGAGUUACAGAAAAGCUGUUAAGAGUAGUGUGGGAGUGGGGUUAAUUGAGCCUGCAGCUAUUUUAUGAGCAAGACUUUUCUUGCUUCUGCAUGGAAGAAGUAGUUCAAGAGAAUUUUUUUCCAAGGAAAAAAAACUAAAACAUUAAGAGUGAAACAAGAAGUUGAGACAAGGGGGAUUUUAUUCCAUCUUGAACUUUCUCCAUUUAACUCAAGUUACAGCUAUGAGUAAGUUUAAAAUUUUCAAAAGCACCUAAAACUUCAUGGACUAUCAACUAAGGGCCUCCCAAAUUAGACACCUCACUGUUCCAACUGAUCUCCUGCUUUUUGUUCCUUAAAAGUGCCAAGGAAGACAUUUGGAUAGUGAUUUCAGAAGGGAAGGGAGUUAAGACCAUGCUUUUCUAGACCACCAAUAGCCUAAUGGUCAUAGCUUAGUCAUUAAGUCAAACUGUUAAAGCCCUUUACUACAACCUGUUUAAAAAGAUGUGCUUUGAUUUUGGGGAAGGGAGAUUAGUGUAGAUCAAUGAUUCUUGAAGGUGAGUAUCUCAAGCCUCUCACUCUCCUCCAUAAAAAAAAUUGCUACUGUGAUUUAAGGAACCAGAACCAAGCCCUGCACCUGCCAUUCUAGACAAUACCAACUACUGCUUAAACACAACCUUCACAAAGUAGCCCAAAAGACAAAAAGCUCAUAUUUUCCCUGAUUCAGCUCACUGAUCAUACAAGAUAUUAAGCUAGAGUAAGAACAUUUCUAAGUAAUAUCCUACAACUAUUAGGGACAGAGACUUAAACUCACUCCUUCAGAACACUUUAUCCAGCUUACUAUUUAAUUCCAUGGACACCAAAUGACAGGACACCUCACAUGUGAAUGUAAAACAUUUAAUUUAAAAAUGUUGACACUACAAUAUAUAAAAUAGCUAUUAUAAAUGCACAUAGUGUAUUCUAUAGCUGCCAGGUUUACGUUUUUAGGAAACUGUAAGUUACACUGUGGUUAAGACUUGUAGUUUCACCCUCUGUAAGUCCACAUUCUAUCACAGUGAUGUAUGGUCAGACUUAACAGCCCCAAUUGUUAAACACUUGGAUCAAGUCAUAACCAGUUUUAUUGCAAAAGGACCCUGUACACAUUUAUAUCAAUUCUAGUACCUUACAAUUUUAGCUACCCAACAAGUCA